AUGGUGGACUCUGAUUCCGAGGACGACGUCAAGCGUGUGGUGAAGAGCGCCAAGGACAAGCAGAUGGACGAGGUUAUCGAGCUGUCGCGGGCAAUCCUGAAGGCAAUGGGUGCGGACGAGUGGCACUCGGUGUCGGGUGACUUUGACAAGGUCAACAAGGUCGUGCCGAAGCUUGUCAAGAGCCUGAAGGGCCAGCCGCUGCCGCGCUCGUACAUCCGCGCCCUUGCGGGCCUUGAGGAUGCUGUCGAGAAGCCCAAGUCCAAGGCCGACCUGAAGAAGCUGAAUGCUGUCGAUGCCCGUGCCCUGAACCAGCUGAAGCAGCGUGUGCGCAAGCACAACAAGUCGUAUGCCAAGCAGAUUGCCGAGUUCAAGGCCAACCCAGAGAAGGCACAGAAGAAGGUUCAGGCCUCGCAGCAGCGUGCUGCAGCUAUCGCCGCUGGUCCCCAGGACGACGACGAGGAGGAGGACGACGGGUUCACCACUGUUGGCAAGGGCGGCAAGAAGGCCCAGGGCCCCACGUACACGGCCGAGACCCUGAACAAGCACCUGCGUGCGGUCAUCGAGGCCCGUGGACGCAAGAACACGGACAAGGAGGAGUCGAUCCGGAUACUCGAGACUCUGUACAAGGUGUCUGCCAACGCUGUCCAGCAGGUCAAGGUCCUGAUGGCCAUGGUCUCGGCCCGCUUCGAUGCGGCGCCGGUCGUCUCUGGCUACAUGUCCAUCCCGGCGUGGGCCAAGGCUCAGGAGCACCUGAACCAGCUGCUUGAGGUCCUCGAGGCCAACCCGCAGAUCCGCGUGUUCGAGACGGCCGAGCUGCAAGACGAGGAGAGCGACAUGGGCUACAAGGGUGAGCCGAUCGAGCUGCGCGGCUCAAUUAUUGCCUUUGUUGACCGUCUCGAUGACGAGUUCACCAAGUCGCUGCAGAACAUUGACCCGCACACGACCGACUACGUCGACCGCAUGCGCGACGACGUGCCGCUGUACACCACCAUUGUGCGUGCGCAGCUGUACUUUGAGCGUGCCAGCGUCAUGGACAGCCAGUGCCGCAUUGUGCUGCGCCGCCUUGAGCACCUGUACUACCGCACCGACCAGGUCAACGCCCGCGUCGAGGCAGUCACUCUCGAGGCACUGCCCAAGGGCAUCAACGAGUCCAAGAUUCUGCCCAGCGCUGUUGUCAGCGACAUGGCCGACGGCACGCACAUGCUGUGCGCGUUCCUGUACCAGAACGCCGAGCCGCUGCUGCGCACGCGCGCCAUGCUGAUGCACAUCUUCAACCAUGCACUGCACAAGCGCUACUAUGUUGCGCGCGACCUGCUUCUGAUGUCUCACCUGCAGGAGAACGUGCAGCAGGCAGAUGUCAACACGCAGGUGCUGUACAACCGCGCUCUGGCGCAGCUGGGCAUGGCGGCGUUCCGCAUUGGCAAGAUCCAGGAGGCGUUCCAGCACACGCAGGAGCUGAUCUCGAGCGGCCGCCAGCGCGAGCUGCUUGCACAGGGCAUGAGCCAGCAGCGUAUGCAGCAGCUGUCGCCUGAGCAGGAGCAGCUGGAGAAGCAGCGCCAGCUGCCGUUCCACAUCAACAUCAACCUGGAGCUCCUCGAGUGCGUGUUCCUGACGUCGUCGAUGCUGCUGGAGAUCCCGCACAUGGCUUCGGCCAACACCAACGCCGACGCGCGCCGCUCGGCCAUCAGCCGCGUGUUCCGUCGCAUGCUCGACUUCAACGAGCGCCAGGUGUUCCUGGGCCCGCCCGAGAACACGCGCGACCACAUCAUGGCUGCGUCGAAGGCUCUGGCAGAGGGCGACUGGGAGUCUGCUCGCGACCUGAUCAACGACAUCAAGAUCUGGUCGCUGCUGCCUGAGGCGGAGGAGAUCAAGAAGAUGCUGGCCAGCAAGAUCCAGAUCGAGGCCCUGCGCACCUACCUGUUCACAUACUCGACGCAGUUCGAGUCGAUUGGCAUCCAGGACCUGGCGACGAUGUUUGGUCUGGGCUCGCCCAAGGUGUACUCGCUGCUGGCCCGCAUGGUCUACAACGAGGAGCUGGCGGCGUCGCUGGACGAGGUCAGCGGCGUGCUGAUCUUCAAUCCGGCCAACUUUGAGGCCUCGUCGCGGCUGCAGCAGACUGCCCUGGCGCUGUCGUCCAAGGCCGGUGCGUUUGCAGACAUCAAUGAGCGCGUGUUUGAGCUCAAGAUCGGCGGUGGCAUGACUGCCAAUGAGCGCGACCAGCGCAACAACGAGGGCGGCCAGCGCGACCGUGAUGGACGCCAGGGCCAGCAGCGCGGCGGCAAGGACGGCCAGCGCGACCAGCGCAACAAGCAGGGCGGCGGCCAGCGCAACAACAACCAAGGAGGCAACAAGGGCCGCCGCCAAAAUAACAAGGGCGGGAACCAGCAGCGCAACAAGGGCGGCAGGCGCUAG